UCACAGGGAGGGACCAAAGAUUAGGGCUCGGUUCGGAGCGAUGAAAUUCUCAUGGACAGAAACACUUAAUGCCACUAGUCCUACGAAAGCCACAGGGAGGCAUCACAAACAUUCCUCGGUCCUCAAAGUGAGAUGCUGGGUAGCUACUCAUCACCAACAUAAUUCCAAUGCCCAACGGUUUCAGGCAACUGGCAUAGGAAUUGCAAAGAUACUGCAUGCCUUCUACCAGUUUUGUCGACCACACACAAUAUUUGGAACCAUAAUAGGCAUUACUUCAGUGUCGCUCCUGCCAGUGAAGAGCCUAGAUGAUUUUACGUUGACAGUUCUAUGGGGAUAUCUUGAGGCUUUGGCCGCUGCAUUAUGUAUGAACAUUUAUGUUGUAGGGCUGAAUCAGCUAUUCGACAUUGAGAUUGACAAGGUCAAUAAGCCAAUUCUCCCAUUGGCUUCUGGAGAGUUUUCAGUGCCAACUGCAGUGUUAUUAGUAGUGUCAUUUUUGGUCAUGAGCAUUAGCAUCGGGGUAAGAUCAAAGUCUGCUCCAUUGAUGUGUGCUUUACUUGUUAGCUUCCUUCUUGGAAGUGCAUAUUCCAUUAAUGUUCCAUUUCUCCGGUGGAAGCAACAUGCCUUUCUAGCUGCAUUUUGCAUAAUCUUUGUGAGGGCUGUAUUGGUUCAAUUAGCAUUCUUUGCACACAUGCAGCAACAUGUUCUCAAGAGGCCCUUGGCACCAACAAGGUCGGUGGUCUUUGCAACAUGUUUUAUGUGUUGCUUCUCUGCAGUAAUAGCGCUAUUCAAGGAUAUUCCUGAUGUUGAUGGAGAUAGAUAUUUCGGCAUUCAGUCAAUGACUGUACGGUUAGGCCAACAGAGAGUGUAUAGGCUCUGCGUUAAUAUUCUCAUGACAGCAUACGCAGCUGCUAUUUUGGUAGGAGCAUCAUCUACAAACCUAUAUCAGAAGAUUGUCAUUCUUACUGGCCAUGGCUUGCUUGCCUCCACACUUUGGCAAAGGGCGCAACAAUUUGACAUUGCGAAUAAAGAAUGCAUCACACCGUUUUAUAUGUUCAUUUGGAAGUUGUUCUACGCCGAGUAUUUUCUUAUACCAUUUGUAUGAGGUUUAGUGCUAAUGAUACUCUACCGAAUGGUCUGAAUGUCUAUGCGUCAUUUGUAUGUAAUAUGACUGGUUGUAUCAAAGUAACAAGUGGAGCAAAUGUACCAUGUAUAUUAAGCAUUAAUUUAACCUAGAUCAGUGAGUUGUGGGAAUAUUUCUACUAGCUAGCUACUUUAUGAACCAUCAUCUCUUGAUGAGAAAAAAUAUCUU